AUGCAGGAUAAGGAGAUGGUGGUGGGCGUGACUGCCGGCGACGCGGCGGAUAGCUUAGGAGCAAAGGAAGAGAGCGUCAAUGUCGGCGGCAGCGACAAUGACGCGAGCCUCAGUUCGCAGCAGCGGCACCAGCAGGAGGAGCUGGUCGGCAAUCCCGUGGGCCGGCUCAAGAUCUACGUCUACGAUUUACCGCGCGAUUUCAACUACAAUUUCAUCAAGAAGCAACCCCGCUGCCUGACGCACAUGUUCGCGUUAGAAGUGCUGUUCCACCGUUACAUCUUGAACAGCCCCGUACGUACGACGAACCCGGACGAGGCGGACUGGUUCUACAUGCCCGUGUACCCCACGUGCGAUCUGACGGCCUCGGGAUUGCCGCUGCCGUUCCGGUCGCCGCGCAUGAUCCGCGCGGGGAUCACGCUGGUGUCGGAGAAGUGGCCGUACUGGAACCGAACGGACGGCGCGGAUCACUUCUUCAUCACGCCGCACGAUUUCGGCGCGUGCUUUCACUACGAGGAAGAGAAAGCCAUCACCCGCGGCAUCAUGCCUCUGCUAAAGCGAGCAACCCUGGUGCAGACGUUUGGGCAGUCGCACCACGUGUGCCACAAGCCCGGCAGCAUUGUGGUGCCUCCCUUCGCCCCCACGGGCCACAUGCACCGCCGCCGCAUCCCCCCUGACACGCCGCGCUCCAUCUUUGUGUACUUCCGCGGGCUGUUCUACGACCGCAACAACGACCCCCAAGGGGGCUAUUAUGCCAGGGGCGCGCGGGCAUCCAUCUGGGAGAACUUCAAGAGCAACCCGCUGUUCGACAUGUCAGCGGAGCACCCCGCCUCCUACUACGAGGACAUGCAGCGUUCGCUCUUCUGCCUCUGCCCGCUCGGAUGGGCGCCCUGGUCGCCGCGCCUUGUCGAGUCCGUCUUCUUCGGCUGCAUCCCAGUCAUCAUAGCCGAUAACAUCGUCCUCCCCUUCUCUGACGUAAUCCCCUGGCGGGAAAUCGCCGUCUUCGUCCCGGAAAAAGACGUGCCGAAGCUGGACGAGAUUCUGGCGGGGAUCGGGCCGAAGAGGGUGCUGGCGAUGCAGCAGCGGCUCGCGUCGCAUGCGAUCAGGCAGGCGGUGGUGCUGGGACACCCGCAGCCGCAGGAAGGGGAUGUGUUUCACCAGGUGCUGAAUGGGCUUGCGAGGAAGCUGCCUCACCCGCCGUCAACGUAUUUACAGCCCGGGGAUGAGAGGCUGAACUGGACCGCCGGACCGGCGAAUGACUUCAAGCCGUGGAAGCCUGACUCUCAUGUGUAUUGGUGA